UGUUAUUACUUGUUUGCUUAUCUUAUAACACGUUUUUUUGCUUUCAUUAUGGAGUGUACUAAUAAUAAGCACCCUUUUGUUUUCUUGUUCUGGCUAGUGUUCCUCACUCCUUUAGUGUGCUCUCAACUUUACUAUAAUUUCUACGACUCAACUUGCCCAAACCUCACCAGAAUCGUUAGAUACAACGUUUUGUCAGCUAUGAACAAUGACACAAGGAUUGCAGCUUCUCUCCUGCGCCUUCAUUUCCAUGAUUGUUUCGUCAACGGAUGUGAUGGAUCUGUGUUGCUUGAUACAACCAGCACUUUUACUGGGGAGAAAAAUGCUCUGCCUAACAAGAAUUCAGUGAGAGGAUUUGAGGUGAUUGACACAAUCAAAUCAGCAUUAGAGAAGGCAUGUCCAGCCACUGUGUCAUGUGCUGAUAUACUAACUCUAGCUGCAAGAGAAGCUGUUUUUCUUAGUAAAGGGCCAUUUUGGGUUGUCCCUCUUGGUCGUAGAGAUGGCACCACAGCAAGUGAGAGCGAGGCAAACAAUUUGCCAUCACCCUUUGAUCCUCUUGAAAAUAUUACAGCCAAGUUCGUUGCCAAAGGUCUUGAAUUGAAGGAUGUAGCAGUGCUCCUAGGUGCACACACCUUUGGGUUUGCACAAUGCUUUACAUUCAAGGCAAGGCUAUUCAACUUUGGUGGAACUGGUAAAUCGGAUCCAACACUAGAUGGUUCACUACUACAGAAUCUACAGAACCUAUGUCCAAACCAAGCUAGCUCUGACACAAACUUGGCACCCUUGGAUCCUGUGACAACCAACACAUUCGACAACAUGUAUUACAGAAACCUGCUCAACAAUUCAGGGCUGCUUCUAUCAGACCAGGCUCUAAUGGGUGACAACACCACUGCUUCAUUGGUCAACAUGUAUAGCAAGUGGCCUCUUCUCUUCUUCAGAGACUUUGCUGUUUCUAUGGAGAAAAUGGGCCGCAUCAGUGUGCUCACUGGACAACAGGGCCAAGUAAGGACUAAUUGUAGGUUUGUCAACUAAACAAAAACGUAAGAAAACAAAAACACUCCAAGUUUGGAUUUGAAUUAGUAGUGUCUCAUCAUUUGUGUGUUUUUUUUUUUUAAAAAAACAAACACUUUAAUUUGAAAGUGAGGCUUUGGUUAAGUGGUAAUAGAUUAAACCUUUAACUGUGUGUGUGAGUGCAUAAUAUACGUAAGUUUGUGAGGCCUAGAAUUAAGAGUUAUUGUCCAAUAUAUUUGGCCAAAAAAAAAAAACUUUUAUUUGCAAAAGAAGAAAUUAAAAGAAAGAUCAUCUUUGUAGAUUUGUAUGAAAGUGGAACAAUAUUGUAUCAUCAAGUAAUAAUGGCAAUAUUGCAUAAAUAAUGUUUUAAGCCCUUCAAUUCUUGAUAUGAUUUUAAAAAUCUUUGUUA